AGAUAUUUUCUCUUAACCGUACGGUGAUUUUAUUAUAUAAAUAAGUUUUCUUCUAUAAUCAUUUUCUACUUUCAACAUUUUUUUUCAUUUGACAAACAACAAAAAAAACACCCACCUAAUAAUAAAAUGGCUAGCCAAUCAUUGGAAAAAAUUUUCAAACACAUCGAUAAUAAUGCCGAUUCAUAUGUUAAACGAUUAUCCGAAGCUGUUGCUAUCAAAAGUGUUUCCUGUUCGUAUGAAUUACGAAAUGAAACUAUUAAUAUGGUCAAAUGGAUGGAAAAGUUAUUAAAACAAGAAGGUGUAAAAACUGAAUUAGCCGAUAUUGGUGAGCAAACAUUUCCAGAUGGUCGUAAAGCCCCGCUGCCACCAGUUUUACUUGGUCAAUUAGGAAAUGAUUCAAAAAAGAAAACAUUGUGUGUUUAUGGUCAUUUGGAUGUACAACCAGCUUUAAAAUCUGAUGGUUGGGAUACAGAACCAUUUGUUUUAACCGAAAAAAAUGGUAAACUUUAUGGUCGUGGUUCAUCCGAUGAUAAAGGACCAGUACUUGGUUGGCUUCAUGCUAUACAAGCUUUUAAAGCCAACAAUAUUGAUUUGCCCGUUAAUUUGAAGUUUGUAUUCGAAGGUAUGGAAGAAUCUGGUUCCGAAGGUUUAGAUGAACUUUUAUUAAAACGUAAAGAUACGUUUUUCAACGAUGUUGAUUUUGUCUGCAUAAGUGAUAAUUAUUGGCUUGGUACAAAAAAACCUUGUCUUACUUAUGGACUUCGUGGUUUGGCUUAUUUUUACAUUGAAAUUGAAUGUGCAGCAAAAGAUUUACAUUCAGGUGUUUAUGGUGGAUCGGUUCAUGAAGCUAUGACUGAUUUAAUACAAUUAUUUGGUCGUUUAGUUGAUUCAAAAGGUAACAUAAUGAUUACCGGUAUUAUGGAUGAUGUUGAACCAUUAACCAGCGAAGAAGAAAAACUUUAUCAUGCUAUUGAUUUUUGUUGUAAUGAAUUUCGUUCCGAUGUUGGAUGUGAACGUUUGAUUCAUGAAAAUAAAAUGGAUACAUUGACACGUCGUUGGCGUUAUCCAUCAUUAUCGAUUCAUGGAAUUGAAGGUGCCUUUUCUGAUUCCGGAUCGAAAACUGUUAUACCGAAAAAAGUUAUCGGUAAAUUUUCUAUUCGUCUGGUACCAAAUCAACAACCGAAAAUGAUUGAAAAACUUGUUGUCGAUUAUUUGACUAAAGAAUUUCAAAAACUGAAUAGUCCAAAUAAAUUUCGUACAUUUAUGGUAAAUGGUGGUCGUCCUUGGAAAUCCAGUCCAAAUAGCCCGAAUUUUACUGCAGCAAGAUUAGCAACAAAACAUGUUUACGGUGUUGAACCAGAUAUGACACGUGAAGGGGGAUCAAUCCCGGUUACACUGACUUUUCAAGAAGUAACCAAUAAAAGUGUAAUUCUAUUACCAAUGGGUGCUGCUGAUGAUGGUGCACAUUCACAAAAUGAAAAAAUUGAUCGUCGUAAUUACAUUGAAGGUACCAAAUUGAUGGCUGCUUAUAUUACCGAAAUUGCAAAUGUUUGAUUUUUAUAAUUUUUUUUACCGGUGAUUGAUCGUUUGUUUUUUUUCAUUCAAUAAACAUGAUUAAUUUCAUUAAAAACUUGUUUC